AACUUUAAAGAAAACUUCCUCUUUUGUCAUUUAACCAUUAAAGGGUGUAAAUGUUGGCUCUUUCAGUCGUUUAAAAACCGUCAGUUAUGUCUUUUAUUUCUUUAAACGUAAUGAUCGCUGGUAUAACUAUGUGUGUGAUGGUAGCAUAUGUUGAUUGUUACGUUGAACCAACGGAAUGUUUCCAGCCAAAAGUCUACCCUUUUAUAACAGAGAAGGAAUCAAGAAUGUUCAUCAAGGUACACAGGGGUCGCCGAUCUGUGGACUGCACUGGACAUAUAGGUGUCUCAGUAAAUUGUUACAACGAAAGGAGCUGUGAAUGUAAUAAGGCAGCAUGCUCUCAAGAAUCAGAUCGUGAAUACUAUUGUCAUUCCCGCCAUACACCAUGUAGUUCAACACAAAUAUGCUAUCUCAAAACACCUUGUCCUGUUCACUGGGAAACGAAAUGUGGGUAUAACGCAUGUCUGAGCAACCCAUGUAAGAACGAUGCCACGUGUACUGAUUUUGGAAUCAUGUCGUAUGCAUGCAAGUGUAGAUCCGGUUAUGGUGGAAAGAAUUGCGAUAUUGACACGUAUGUAGAUGUUGUGUUGUUAAUUGAUACUUCCAAAAGUCAAAGUGAAGCUGCUCUGUUUAAACAGAGACAGUAUAUAAAGAAUUUCAUAUCAAACCUAUCAAUAGGACCAAAUGAUUUUCAAAUUGCCGUAGUAACAUGUUCUUUACAUGCGAGCGUUGAGAUGUAUUUGAACAGCAAUUUAACUGUAGCAGAAAUGACAACAAUAAUAGACAGUAUCCAAUCUGACAACGGACCAAGUUUUAUAGGUGAAUGUUUUAUGUUUAUAAGGACGGAAAUAUUCACUUCUGAAAAAGGUGCUAGAUAUUACGCACGUAAAUUUGUCAUUGUUUUAAGUGAUGGCAUGUCAAGCAACCCGACUGACACUGUUCUACAGGCAGGCCUUUUGAAGCAGACUGGGGUCGACAUCUUUGCCGUUGCUACGGGAGACCAAAUCAAUCAUAAAGAACUGUCUGAUGUAGCCACACAUUGGGAUAAAGUGUUCUCCGUGAUCACCGACGAUGUCAUGCAUACAAUCUUUAAAACACCAAUUACAGUUAAUACCGCAAAUUGUGAUCACCGUUAUGGCGAUUUAUCUAUAAUUUUUGACAGUUCAAGUGAUAUAUCACCGGUUACAUUUUAUGAGCAAAUAUCUGCUGUUGGAGAUCUUCUCAAGGUCAUUUCACUCGGGCCAGACAAUGUUCAUGUCAGUUUAUACCAAUAUUCUAAUGAUGUUGACGUCGUUUUCAACCUUGACGAAUAUUUCUCAUCUCGAGAUAUGGUCAUAAAACUAAAUGGCAUUACGCAGUCACCCGAAAACGGAAAUACCACAAACGCGCUUAAAUUACUGCAGCAUGCUUUCGUUGUUGCAAAUGGAGCCAGAACAAACGUGAGAAAAAUAGCCUUACUAGUAACAAGCGGAGACUUCCAAGAUGAAAUAUUUGACGAUUUGAUCUCUGAAGCAAAAACUUUAAAAGACAUGGGCGUUAUAUUGGGAAUAGUUUCAGUUGGCAUGAAUGCUAACGUUACUGCAUUACUUAACAUAGCCUCAGAUCCGGCCGUAGUUUAUGUUAUAGGGAAAGAGUUGGACAUAGAUUACAGUGUUCUUUACACUUUAAAUACAUUACUAGAAUAUGACGUUUGUGAAAUAAACUAAGAAUAAGUGCGCAUAGAAUAUUUGUGAGAAAUGCGACGGGUAUUAAUGGCAUUUUCGUCAGUAGACUUCGAUUAAUAGAUUUUUUUAUUUAAAUACAAAUGACUUGAGUCUCGAGAACAUGGCGAAUGAAUCUAUUCAAUUUUUGACAUUACAGUUGGAAACAUCUUCAAUUCUAACAUUUUUUCACUAUUAGUUGGCUGGUUGGUUGAUUUCGGUAUGUAAUAAAUAUACAUGGACAAUUAAAACAACAUGUUUCUAUCUGAACAUAUCAAACUAUUAUCAUUAUUAGUCUUAUUUUGCUUUUCUUUAAAUAAUUGAUAUAUCUUAUAUUUGUCUAUUCAUUUUCGAUGCAAGUUGUAACACAUCAGCCUUCUAAGUCAACAAACGACAAUUUAUUUCGCCUUAUUUAGCACAUAUAUUUAUUGUACAUUGGGAAAAGACUUCAAUAAGCAUUAGGUUGCUUCCAGUCUAAUCCUUUUCUUGUUUU